AAGUUAACCAGCGUGAUCUCUGGGGUAAGACACUUUUUUUCUUCAUCUUCUCGCGCCGCGUGUGGGUGUUUCAUCCUAAACCCCACUCUUGCAGUAGUUUGUAUAAGCAGUGUAAGGCCACGCUGCACCGCUAGGUGGCGAGGACAAAGGCGAAGUGUAGCCGCCACUGGGCGUGUGCGUCGGAGCAGGGCCUCGGGCUGCGUCCAAGGGCGGGGCCUGAACUGCCCGGCCCACUCCUUUCGGGUCGCACGCGGUGACCCGGGCUGCCAUGGCCAGGCCCCGCGUGCAGCUGGUGGUAACCGCGGACGAUUUUGGUUACUGCCCGCGGCGCGAUGAGGGCAUCGUGGAGGCCUUCCUGGCCGGGACCGUGACCAGCGUGUCCUUGCUGGUCAACGGCGCGGCCGCAGAGAGCGCGGCCGAGCUGGCCCGCAGGUACAGCAUCCCCACGGGCCUCCACGCCAAUCUGUCCGAGGGCCGCCCGGUGGGCCCGGCCCGCCACGGCGCCUCGACCCUGCUCAGCCCCGAAGGUUUCUUCCUCGGCAAGAUGGGUUUCCGGGAGGCGGUGGCGGCCGGAGACGUGGCUUUGCCCCAGGUUCGGGAGGAGCUGGAGGCCCAGCUAAACUGCUUCCAGGAGUUGCUGGGCAAGGGCCCCACGCACGUGGACGGGCACCAGCACGUGCACGUGCUCCCAGGUGGGUGGACUGGGGCUCCCAGGUCCGGGGAGGCCGAUGCCCCCAGGCGAGGGGACGUGCGCCGCCCUGAGCCCGCUCCGCCCGCAGGCGUGUGCCAGGUGUUCGCCGAGGCGCUGCAGGCCUAUGGGGUGCGCUUCACACGCCUGCCCUUGGAACGCGGCGUGGGCAGCUGCGCGUGGCUGGAGGCCCCGGCGCGCGUCUUCGCCUGUGCCGUGGAGCGAGACGCCCGGGCCGCCGUGGGACCCUUCUCCCGGCACGGCCUGCGGUGGACAGACGUCUUCGUGGGCAUGAGCACUUGCGGCCGGCACAUGUCUGCUCAUCGCGUGUCCGGGGCGCUGGCGCGGGCCCUGGAAGGUAUCCCUACAGGCCACGCCCUGACAGCUGAGCUGAUGGCACACCCGGGCUACCCCAGCGUGCCUCCGGCUGGGGGCUGUGGGGAAGGGCCUGACGCGUUCUCCUGCUCCUGGGAGCGGCUGCACGAGCUGCGUGUCCUGACUGCACCCACGCUGCGGGCCCGGCUUGCCCAGGAGGGCGUGCAGCUCUGUGCCCUUGACGAUCUGGACACCAAGAGGCCUGGGGAGGGGGUGCCCUGUGAGGCCCACUCUGGAGCCCUUCCUGGAGCCCUCCCCAUCUUGACCCCAACAGACAGCCAAGCAACGAUGCCCUUCAAUGCCCAGGAAGGGGGCCAGGAUUAAGCACUGGCACAACCCAGAACCAGGCUCUUGAGCAGGGUCUGUAACUAGCCUGGGUGAGACACUGCUGCUUCUAUGCCAGGACCUCAUGACUCAGAGUGGCAUCCAGAGCUCGGGCAGCCCCUCUUGGCUGCAGGUGGGCCUAGCCUGUGACAUCCUGGCCUAGGACCUGCAGAGCAGAGCCUGUGAUGCCCCUUCGCGUUGAAGUGUAAACACUUUCAUUGUUAGCAGAAGUGAGGAAGAGAUUGCUAUAUUAAUUAAAAACAGUGUUUUUGAAACUUGGGUGGUUUAUAAAGUGUAACCAAGAAGCCUUUACAGAAUCAAGAAUAGACACAGCAACUCCCCCUUGCCUCAACCCAAGUCAGUAUUCCAGAAAAGCUAUGCAAAAAUUCUGGUUGUGUUCAUGCUUAGGUUUUUUUUUUUGUAGAGACGGAGUCUCACUUGGUCACCCUAGUAGAGUGCUGUGGCAUGACAGCUCACAGCAACCUUCAAUUUCUGGGCUUAGGCAAUUCUCUUGCCUCAGCCGCCUGAGUAGUGGGGGCUACAGGCACCCACCACAAUGCUGGGCUAUUUUUUUUUUUGAAGUUUGGCCGGGGCUGGGUUU